GCUUAAACACACAUACACAUACCCUUUGAACAACCAAACCCUUGAUAACCAACCAAGCUGAUCGAUCGAAAGAGUAAGUGAUACUGCUCUGUGAAUAGAAUAGAAAAUAAGGGGUGAGAAAACAGGAUCAUCAUGGACUUGUUGAAUCUAGGGUCUCAGUCAAGAAAGACUGGUAUCAGACCACGACAAAAUUUAAGAAAGGAUCAAUAUGAUAUGGAAGAUAUAGAUGAAUUCUUCUCUGAUGAAGAUGAUCUCACUGUCGCCAGACCAUCUACAACCACUAAGAAAGCAUUACAAUCAUCAUUAACUCCUAAGGAUAACUUCAAUAAUGUAGCUAAGAAGUUGAAUUUCGAUAGUCAGGGUGAAUCAUUUAGUUUAUCACCAAUUUCAAUCACAUCAAAAUUCUCUACUACAUCAGUUAAACUGAAGAAUAAGAAGUCUCCAUUACGAUCCCCCUUACCAGAACAUAAUAAAGCUUUAUCAAGUCAUAAUAAAAAACAUGAAAAACUGAAAUUAUUUAUCGAUGAGGGUACUGAUGAUUUUAAUUCUCAAAAUGAUGAUGAUGAGUUUGAUUAUGGAGAUAAUUUUAAUGAUGAUGAUUAUGAAAGUCAAGGUGUGGCUAUACCUCCAGCUCCUGCUCCUGCCAUGAGUUUAUCUCCUGUGGAUAUAUCUCCUGUACAGAGGAAAGUCACUAAGAAUAAUAAUAAUAAUAAUAAUAAUAAUACUAAAGCAUCAUCGAGGGCUGCAUCAGCUUUUACAAAACGAUUAGCAUUGGGUAAAUCAUCUAAAUCUAAACGAAAACCAGUAGUGGAAGAAGAGGAAGAACAAGAACCAAUUGAAAUAGAUCAAGAUCUAGUAGAUGAUGAAAAUACUAGUGAACUAAUAUCCCCACCACCUACCAAUAAAAGAAAACCAAGACAGCCAAGAACUAGCUUCGCUGUCGAAGUACCGUCUCAACAACCAACCAUUUUUAAACCUUCUCCAUUACCUUCACCUCCACCGGAUGGAUUAAGAAGAUCAAAAAGAGUUAAAGUGGCUCCUAUUGCAUAUUGGAGAAAUGAAAGAAUCGUUUAUAGUAGAGCUGAUGAAACUGAAGGUGAUCCAGAUACAACUUUAGCUACUGAUAUAAGGAAAGUACCAUUACAAAUCAUUAAAGAAAUAGUUCAAAUGCCUGAACUCCCCAAUGGUAUAAGAAGUCGGGCAAAACGAUCAAGACUGAGAUCAAGAACCACUCCACCAAAACUGAGAAAAUCAACUACUAAACCAGUAUAUGAUUAUGAAUCGGAUCCUGAAAUAGCAGGGUCAGAAUGGUUUACUAAAAAGGAAUUGGAAUUGAAUGUAUUUCAAAAUGAUCAAGCUAUAAAACAAACCGUGGCAUAUGCUCCUGAUGGAGGAAAUUUUGAAGAAUCAAGUAAAAUAUCAAAUAAUGAUGGUACGACACUGUUUGAUAAAUUCAAAAUAGCAUCAUUAUUUGCUGAUAAAUCAGCAACCAGUGCUGCAGGAUUAUUACAUUUCCCUUUGGAAGGAUCAAAACAAUUUCGAAAUUCAGGACCUUAUAAUUAUUAUUUCCAUGUGGUAAGAGGUUUGAUUGAAGUUACAUUGAAUGAAACUACCUUUGUCGUAACUAAAGGUUGUUCAUUUGAAGUUCCAACUCGUAAUUCCUAUGGAUUUAAAAAUAUCGGUCAAGAUGUAGCUCGAUUAUUCUUUGUUCAAACUAAAAGUCCCGAACUUGAAAAUGAAAGUGGAGAAGAAAUAAAUGAUGAUGAUGAUUGGGAUGGAGAAUAAUCAAACUACUACGAAUGAUACCCUCCCAUACACACAACUGUACUAUAACUUGUAAGACUAGGCAUAUAAUUAUAUAGAAAUAUAAGAAGUAUUUAUUUUUUUUUUUAUUAUU